AUGUACAACUCCCUAACUAGAAUACAAAAUGUAUUUGGCUUCUUCACCACCGUCGCAUUCGUCAUCGCCGCCCUAAUCGCCGCCUCCGACCUCACCGCUCCCCGAACACCAAGCGCAACGAUAAAGCCGACCAACGUCCAAGUAGUCAAGGGUCGACCGCACUACUACAGCACUAAGAAGGAAGAAUACGCCAUAAUCAAGUUCUCGCUAGACGCGGACCUCUCGUCGCUGUUCACCUGGAACACCAAGCAGCUCUUCGUAUACGUAACAGCCGAAUGGCCUUCCGCCGACAGCACGAACCAGACCAAUAAAGCAGUCAUCUGGGACUCCAUCAUCACGAGCCCGAGCGCCGACCACCUAAGCAACCUAGGCCCCGCGUCUCUUAAGAAGCUGCGCAAGAGCGCCGCCGGCAAGACCAUAGACCCAAGCCGCGGCAAACUCACCCUUAAGAACCAAAAGCCAAAAUACCAAAUCACCCACCCCACCGGGAAAAUCGCCUCGACCGACGACGUCACCCUACGCGUCCACUACAACGUGCAGCCGUGGGUCGGCGUCUUGACCUGGAACCAGGACUCGGACUUUGGGUUGUGGAAGAAGAUGGGUGACGGGCUCAGCAAAGCGUUCGCAUUGCCGGCGUUGAAGAAGAAGGAGGGCGAGAAGGCCCGAUAG